AUGGCCUUCAAGUCUCUUCCAUUUACAGAAAUUGGGGAGCAACUUUUGUUUUUAAGCAAGUACACUGCUUCUAAAGUCUUUCUUCAUCAACUACCAAGUGGCAAACCAACUAUAAACCCAGGAGGCCAGCGCCAUCUGCAUAAAGAUAAAAUGGCCUUCAAGUUGUUCCAUUUUCCAGAAAUUGGGAAGCAACUUUUGUUUUUGAGCAAGUCCACUGCUUCUAAAGAUUCUCUGGUGCAAUUGAGUGAUUUGCUCAAAGGAGUUGUCCGGGCAUUGCUUUCCGGUGGAUCACUUCAGAUGAUGUUCCAUACUCUAACUACGCCUUCAACUUUUGAUUUUGGAAAGGAGCAACCACGACAUGGUGAGGAUCGGAGAGGUGGGUUGGAAAUGCAGCCAGAGUAUACAAGCCAUGCUCACCGGAUUUGCAUAUCGAGAGCAUUACCAGAGAGCAAGUUUGUGAGCUCAGCAGAAGGUGGAUUUGCUUCUUUUGUUGUUCAACAUAACUAA